GUGGUUAGAUCAUUUGGGUAUCAUUGCCACUGUAGAAAAGACCUUUAUUUCGAAAGGAUUUGAAGAAUCAACCCGGAAAAGGAGAUUCCUGAGGCUGGCUUCAAAUUCACCCUAGUCAAUUUAACCCAAAUCAGCGACUAGAAAUGGCUCGCCACAUAAACCUAAGCUCCGGUAACCUGGCCUGUCUCGUGUUGCUGCUUUUAGCAGCUGCAUUAGACAGCUCUUCCGCGGAUCAAACGAAGACUGUUGAAUUCAACGUAAAACCAGGAGGAAUGGUACACUCAUUCUCUGAGAAACUUGGUAGGUACGAGUGUUCUUUCACCUAUGCGUCACAAGGGGGCACCAACGAGCAGUGGCUUAUGAGCCUGGGCCUGAGCGAUGAGGAUACGCUGUUCUCCUGCUCUCUGUGGAGGCCUCAGGGAAAGUCCUAUCUGUUUUUCACCCAGUUCAAGGCUGAGCUGAAAGGAGGAGUCAACCAGAUCAAAUACGCCCAGGCAUACUCCCAGACUGCCGCGGGAGGACAGGGUGACGUGGCUUUGAAGGACGAGGAGUUCUCCGUGAAGGGACUCACAGUGACCCACAAUGAGGGGAAGUUCCACGCAGAACUCUCAAAGCUCACCGUCAUUGGCUGGACAAGAACUUUAGAACUGUGAUUUGCCUGAAGUCUGAUUGACUGGUCACCUUGACCAAUCAAAACAUCCAAGCCAGCUCGGAGGGAGGGUCAAACAAGCCUCUGAGGCUUGUGACUGACAUGGACUGAUGGGAUUUACUGUUGAUUAAAUCUGAUCUUUAGGUUGCACUUUAUUUUACGGUAAAUAAAUUAUAUGCUGAGUGAGAUGGAUAAAUAUUCUCCAGCUGGUUGAGAGGUUGAACAAAGUCAAACAACCAAUAAUGUCGUGUUUUUGUCUUCGAAAGGAGUUUCUGGGGAUUAAUUAAGAACCACAAAGGCCCUUCUGAUUUAUUUAAACUUGUUUGAAAUUCUAGUGGAAACUCUACCGUAAAACAAAGUGCUGCCAUAUCUUCUGCUUUCAAGACUGUCUUUGCACACGGGCUUGUCUAUGCUCCACGUUUUAGGCAUGUUUACAUGCCCACAUGAUCAUAGCAGGAUGUACAUUUCAGGGUGGUUCAUCCAUCCUACACUAAAGUAGCGACAUGUCGCUAAUCUCUGUUCUCUUAAUCAUAACCACAUAAACCCAUUUUUCUAA